ACGUGUUUUGCUUUUCUUCAUCUUCAUUUUUCUUCUCCCCGAUGCUCUGCCUCCCCAACGAACCCCCCCGUCACCGCCACCCAUUUCCGGCUGGAAAUCCGGCAAAGCUUGGGGAUUCUCCCUAUUUUCUUGUUCUAGAACGCCUAUUAAACCCAGAAAAUCCCAGAUCUGUUCUGCGUCUCCCUCCCUCUGCUGUCCGUCGGCUUCAGCAUGUGGGUUUGAAUUUCUGGGCCUUUUUCGCCGUGAGUUCCCCUGCAGAAUUUCUUCUUCUCUGCCGCCGGCUUCUCCCCCCCUGCUAGGCUCGGUUUUGCUUGCUAAAUUCUGGUAAGUUGCCGUCUUUUCCAAGCUUAAAAUGACCCAUUUAAUGGCUGGGUUUUGUCCAUUAGUUGAUGCUCUGUGUUGUCCGAAUCUGCUGGGAUAGGGGAUGAAUUUGGCAGCCCUUUUAAAUGUGUUUUAAGCUUGAUUAAGUAGAAUUUAGCUUGAAUUAGCUGCUGUGAUGUUUUGUGUGAAAAAUCCCGUGAGAUUAGCUAUGGUUUUGCUAAUUUUUGGAAGUGGCAGUACUGUUCACGGUGUGAGCACUGUUCACGAGUACUGUUCAUAGGCACUGUUCACACACCGAGGCUCAACGAUUAAUGGGGAUUUAAAUGAUUAGUUUGUGAUAUAAGAAUGAAUGUGGAGAUGUCCAGUUAUGUGGAGAUUGAUAGGAAUAGCAUCGGGAUUAGGAGUGAUUUUAAUGAUGAUUUCAGUUUGAAUUUGUGAUAGUCCGGUAUUAAUUUUGAGGUGUUUUAAUUAGAUUCCUGAUCGUUCUGUCAGUUAGCAUUGAGAUUGAGUGCUCGGUUUUGUGCGAGUGAGGUAAGUAAAUUAUGGUAAAGCCCUUCGAUUUUAAAGCAUGUUUUCAAUUGUUUUUGAGAUGGUGGCAAGGUUUAAAGUGAUUUUAAAUUGAUUUUAUCAGCAUCUGAAUGUGGUUAAACUGAAAUGGAAAUUGUGAUGGUUUUUAUGAGAAUUUCACUGUUUUCUGGAAUUGAACAUGAUUGGUUUGAAAUGAAACUGUUUUCAUUGGUAUUGAGUACAGCAUGCGUAUUUGGAAUUGACUGAACUGUUUUGAUGAACUGAGAGUUUGCAAAUUCUGAGUUUUCUGAUAAAUCCAUGCCCACAUGGAAUUUUUCUG